CUGUCUGCCCAAGAAACUUCCUUAUUGCUUAGUUAAAGUGUCUUCUUUUUGGUCCUUUUUUUACUUCCAUUUAUACAUUCUUCCUAUUCGAUAAAGUAACGUUGGCACAUUCAACGUUUCAUGGUCAACAACACGUACAGGACUUGUUUUUGAGCUUCUUCCAUUGGAUCCUAUCUGAAGAAAAGACCCUUUUCUUUUUGGUAUCCUUUUAGGAGCUCUAGUUUGUAUUUGUUUGCAGGGUUUUUUUGUUUCUAGGGAAGUUUGUGAUUUUUUUUAUGGUUCAACACCCUCCUUUUUUUGUUUGGAGCUGUUUUUUGAUUGAUUUUUCUGGUGGGUUUUUGACUGAACUUGAUCUGAUUCAAUAAAGUUGGAAACUUUGGAGGGGGGAAUUUUUUUUUGGGUUGUGUCUUUGUUCAUUGUGUUUGAUCCCGAAAUUCUGAUUUUCAUCUGAAAUCCUUGGUGGGUCUUGAAGAAUUUACGUUUGCAAGGCACUGGUAGCGGUGUUCUGGAGAGGAAUUGAAUUGGGUUGGUGGUGGAUGAUGAAUUUUUUUGGGGAGUGUUUCUGGGUGAUGAAGAGAUUGUAGACUUGGGGGUGUUGGGAGUUUAGUCCUUUGAUGAAAUGCGAAGCAUAUUAAGCACUUGGAAUGGGAAUUCAGAAAUAUAUGGUUGCCAAAAAGGCUAGCUUUUGUGUUCUUUUGGUUCUUCUUCUUGUGGCAGUGGUCAGCUUUGUAGGAAAGAAGGAAACACAAGAUGACUUUGUUAGCGAACUACUUGAUCCAUCUUCUGGAUUGUUAGACAAGCACACGGCAAAGGUACUAUGGACCACACGCUGGAACAAUUUAAUUCAUUUAAAAAAAAAGGUUGAAGAUCAUGAUUUAUGCCUCCCACAGGAAUCGUCUAGUAGCACCAAUAAAGUCAGUUCAGAGAUUCAACCAUUAACGCGAUCAGACAUCCAAAAAUUGAUUAAUGCUUGUCAUCCUCAGUUCAAGGAAGAGUUUCUUCACUGUUUGAGAAGAAAUAAUCUUCUAUUACGUGUCUUGGGAGAAGAGGAUGAUUCCAAGAUUUGGCAUGUUGCUUAUAUGGGAUUACUUUUUUCCAAAUCCAGUGUUCCUAGAAGAAAUUUGGGCCGUGUUUUGCUCCAGCACAUAUCAGAAGCACCUAGUUCAGGCCCUGCAGUUGGAUCUCCUACACCCAGUCUUUCACCAUCUCCUGGACCCAAUCUAGCACCAUCACCUGAACCCGAUCUAUCCCCGUCACCUGCUCCAGCGCCUCCAGUUCUUACACCUCUGCAUCCUCCUUUGCCACCAACGGCAUUUUUCCCAAAACUGACACCACCAGCAGCUGCAGAUGUUUCUACUCCUCAAUCUUCUGAGACUAACAAACAGACAGAUAAACAUAGUAAUAAAAAAACAGUUGUUCUUGCUGUAGUUAUAACUGCAGUGGUGACAGUUAUAGCGGCAGCACUGCUCUUUUUAUUCUGUAGAGGGUUUUGUAAGACUGGCCGAGUUAGACAAAAUGAUCAGAGACCCCUUCUCAGUUUGAGCAUCAGUGACUAUUCUGUUGGUCCUUCCAGUUAUGCUUUUGGAAACUCAAUGAAAGGGAAGAAACUUGGGUUUCAGUCAUCGAGUAAUAAUUUAGUAGACAACAAGACCUCAGUGCAAGAAAGUCAAUCAAUAGGAGCUCUUAGUGCUGCUGCCGGAUCACCAUUUGAACUGAAAUAUCCUCCCGGGAGAGUGGGAACCAUCCCUUCUGGAAUGCCUCCUUUAAAACCUCCUCCAGGCAGGAUGAAUCCUCUUCCCGCUGAGCCACCUUCAUUUAAGCCCUCUGGUAAUAAUGCUGCUGCUGCCGCUCGUCCUCCUCCUCUUGCAGCUCCUCUUCCUCCUCCUGCAGCUCCUCUUCCUCCUGCAGCUCCUCUUCCUCAUGCUCCUCGACAGCCUGGUGUUGGUAGCACUCCACAUCCUGGUCCUCCACCACCACCACCCCCAGCAUCAACUGGUGCCAAACCUGGUCCUCCUCCUCCACCUCCCCCAGCACCAGCUGGCGCUAAACCCGGUCCUCGUCCACCACCGCCUCCUAAGAGUGGUAUGGCUCCUCCUCGUCCUCCUCCUUCGAUUGGCCCAAAGGUGCCUCAGCCAUUAGGUAGUAAACCAAAAGCUACGGAAGAUGUUGAAGCUGAUGCUCCUAAAGCCAAACUAAAGCCUUUUUUCUGGGAUAAGGUUCAAGCGAACUCAGAUCAAUCUAUGGUUUGGAAUCAGAUCAAAUCAGGAUCAUUCCAGUUUAAUGAAGAGAUGAUAGAGACACUUUUUGGCUAUAAUGCUGUGGAUAAAAACAAUGGUAAACGACAGAAAGAGUCUUCCUCCCAAGACCCUUCACCUCAGUUUAUCCAGAUCAUUGACAGAAAGAAAUCACAGAAUUUAUUAAUUCUUUUGCGAGCAUUGAACGUGACAAUGGAAGAAGUUUGUGAUGCACUUUAUGAAGGAAAUGAGCUGCCCUCAGAAUUCCUUCAAACCUUGCUGAAGAUGGCACCAACAUCAGAGGAGGAACUUAAGCUUAGGCUUUUUAGUGAUGAGCUAUCUAGACUUGGGCCUGCCGACCGGUUCCUGAAAGCCAUGGUUGACAUUCCAUUUGCUUUUAAGCGAAUGGAAGCACUGCUUUUCAUUAAUACUCUUAAAGAAGAGCUCACUGCUACUAUGGAGUCUUUUGCAGUUUUAGAGGUUGCUUGUAUGGAACUAAGAAACAGCAGGCUGUUCCUCAAGCUUCUUGAAGCUGUUCUCAAAACUGGCAACCGAAUGAAUGAUGGAACAUUCCGCGGUGGCGCACAAGCAUUUAAACUUGAUACACUUCUGAAAUUAUCUGAUGUAAAAGGAACAGAUGGCAAGACUACACUCUUACACUUUGUUGUUCAGGAGAUUGUCCGCUCUGAGGGCAUAAAAGCUGUUAGAGUGGCAAAAGAGAGCCAGAGUUUGUCUAGUGUUAAAUCUGAUGACCUUCUUGAAGAUAACACUGAGGAGACAGAAGAUCACUACCGGGAAAUUGGUCUUCAGGUGGUUUCGCGCUUGAGCAGUGAACUUGAGAACGUAAAAAAAGCAGCAGUUCUAGAUGCUGACAGCUUAACACGAACUACUGCCAAACUCGGCCAUGGGCUUGUGAAAACCAGAAACUUGGUAAACAAAGACCUGAAGAAUGUGGAGGAAGAUAGAGGGUUCAUUGAGGCAGUGAAAAGUUUUGUGCAGAACGCUGAGGUUGAUGUUAUGAAACUGCCGGAAGAAGAGAAGAAAAUCAUGGCUUUGGUGAAGAGCACUGGUGAUUACUUUCAUGGGAAUGCUGGGAAGGAUGAAGGCUUAAGAUUGUUUGUAGUAGUAAGAGACUUCUUAAUAAUGUUGGAUAAGGUAUGCAAGGAGGUUAGAGAUGCAUACAAGAAGCAAGCUAAAACUCUAAAACAAGAGACUUCUCGAGGGUCAUCUUCCUCUGAGACACGUCCACCACCUUCCGAUUAUCGUCAGCGGCUUUUUCCGGCAAUCACGGAAAGGAGGGUGGAUGACCAUAGUUCAGAUGAUGAGAGUCCAUAGAUUCAAGUUGGAAGUGGUAUUGAAACUGUUGUCCUUACUAACAUGUCCUUUUAUAGCCUAGCAUAGUUAAAAGACUUGCUUUUCUUUGCUAAUCUUGAAGGGUAUUUAUGUUAUUGAUCAUUGAUAUUUGAGAUUGAAUUCUUGGUUUUUUUGGCUUACGUUUACAGAGGGAUGGUGGAAGUGGCAUGCAAUUAACAUUUCUCAUGCUAAAAUGUCUUAUGUACAGGCUGGCUGGAGCUGUGAUCAUGUAAUCCAAUUACUUACCAUCAUUGUUUUUCUGUCCCAUUAGGAUUAGCUUCAUAAUUUGAGACAGCCACUUCAGGAGCGAUAGUUAUGUAGGGUCUUAUUUUUAUUUUUUGUUUUACAAUUCUUUAUUCAAUUUAAUUUUAUUAAUGCAUUUAUGUCUUGAAAGGGGCAGG